UUAUAGGAGAGGUCUUCUGGGGGUGGGGCUAGAUCUAGAUAUAGUAAUACUGAAGUGCAGAGCAUGUCUCGCUGGUUUAGCACGGAUCCUUCCUUCUGUCCCUACUGUGGUACUAUCCUGCCGUUGCCAGUUGACAGUGGUAAUGUGAUAUGCAAGCUCUGUGACUACCAACAAGAUGCAUCCACAUAUGAAGGAAUGGAGGAGUACUCUAGUAUAAAGUUUGCUGUUCGUAAACAAAAGUUGGCUAUAACAGACAAAGGCGAUGGACCUAUGGUGGAGCGUAGGUGUCUUAAGUGUGGGCAUGACCAGAUGACGUACACCACUCAGCAGACACGAGGAGCAGACGAGGGACAAACUGUGUUCUACACUUGUCCAAAGUGCAAGUUCAAGGAAACAGAGAACUCGUGACAAACAAUUGAUUAAUAAUAAUUUGUGUCAAAAAUUAUUUAAAUGAUCUAACAAGGUGUGCAAAAUAAUCACGAUGUUCCAAAUAAAUUG